UGCUGACUUUUUUGAACAAAAUUUUCUGGAACGGUAAAUGUAAUCAGCCGCUCAGUAUCUGGAAUUCCUUAUCUAAACAGUUAAGAUAGUGAGAACUAUUUCGCUAUCAGUAUAUUAUUCAUGUUUAUAAGAACCUUCGAAUCCAUAAUGUUCAUGAUUGCGCCCAGAGUGUAGUAGUUGGUUGUCCUGGUUCUUCGUGCAUAUUCCCAGCCAUGUUUGCAUACGGACUAAGCGUUCGGUAUGGACGCAGCAUUGCCGUGAGUUUGCAACGGUUUCAAGAGCUUUCUCAUUCAGGCCGCGCCAUGUCGUCCGCUGCCAAGGUUCUCCCACAGUAUCAGCAGUUUUUGGACGAAGCCAAGUUAAUCCGUCAGAAGGCCUACAUUAACGGCAAAUGGAAUGAUGCAUGCGAUGGUGCCACUUUUGAGGUGCGAAAUCCAGCCACGGGCGAUCGCAUCACCAGUGUGGCGGAUUGCAGUGCCAAGGAUGUCCACCAGGCCAUAAAUGCUGCGCAGAAAGCUUUCAAAACAUGGCGCGAUACUACGGCGAAGGAACGAAGUGUUAUUCUGCGACGCUGGGCUGAUCUGAUGACGAAACACCAGAAAGAAUUGGCCAUGAUUCUGACCGCGGAAAAUGGAAAACCUCUGGCUGAAGCGGAAGCAGAGGUGGCAUCCGGAGCAUCUUUCUUUGAAUGGUACUCGGAGGAAGCCCGGCACAUUACGGGCGAUAUAAUCAAUGCUCCUUUCAAGGAUCGCCAGUUUUUUGUUAUCAAAGAGCCUGUUGGAGUGGCGGCCAUGAUAACGCCGUGGAACUUUCCUUCGUCGAUGUUAGCCAGAAAAGUAUCAGCCGCUUUGGCUGCCGGAUGUACAUGCGUUAUGAAGCCGGCAUCCGAAACACCAUUAUCGGCAUUGGCUCUCGUUCAGUUGGGAGAAGAAGCUGGAGUUCCUCCUGGAGUGUUGAAUAUCGUCACCGGCACUAAUGCAGCAGAAAUUGGCAAAAUUCUUUGUGAGUCUCCGCUGAUUGCCAAAAUUUCAUUCACUGGCAGCACAAAUGUCGGGAAGUUGUUGAUUCAGCAGAGUGCUUCGACAGUAAAAAGAAUGUCGAUGGAACUGGGUGGACAUGCACCGUUCAUUGUCUUUAACAGCGCCGAUAUUAAAGCGGCAGCAGAAGCCGCUCUGUUUUCCAAGUUCAGGGCUUCCGGUCAGACGUGCGUAUGCGCCAAUCGUAUACUGGUACAGGAUAAAAUUUAUGACGCAUUUGCCGAUCAACUGGCUGAACUGAUCGAUAAAAAACUUCGCGUGGGUAACGGCUUCGAGAGUGGCACAACUCAAGGUCCUUUGAUCAGCAAGAAGGCGAUCGAUAAGGUUGCGAAGCAUGUUGAAGAUGCCUUGCAACGAGGAGGUAAAUUGCUUUCCGGUGGUCAGAAGCAUCCUGCUGGAGAACAAUUUUUUGCACCUACGUUGAUUAGAGAUGUACCGACAGAUGCGUUAAUUUGCAAUGAAGAAACAUUUGGCCCAGUUGCACCACUGGUUCGCUUUGCGGAAGAAGACGAAGCUGUCGCUAUUGCCAACUCAGUACGAGUGGGCUUGGCAGGAUACUUCUACUCUCAGGAUGUCGCACAGAUUUGGCGAGUGGCAAAAAGGCUCGAAGUUGGGAUGGUGGGAGCUAACACAGCUAUGAUCAGCUCAGUCGAAGCUCCGUUCGGUGGUGUAAAGGAAAGUGGAAUGGGACGAGAAGGCUCCCGAUACGGUUUAGAUGAUUACCUAAAUAUUAAAUACAUUUGCCUGGGCGGCUUGUGAACAGCUUAUGGCGCUAAACCCUGAUGGACAUUCGUUAUUUAUUUAUUCAUUUUCUACAAAUCUAAAAUUUUCCGGUGAAUGAAUUGUGAUUCCAAAUGGUUCCUACGACUGCGUUGAAGCAGGACGAUUUGCAAUGAUAUAUUUAAUCGCUGAAUCCAGUAUACAUACACCAGGAAUAAUUAUUGAAAUACACAAAUGGAUGAUGG